UGUAGAAGUUUAGGUACAGCUCUGAAAGAUAAGUGUCUAAGAGACAUAAAUCAAGGCAGCAACUCUGUAAUGCCGUCAUCUGAGCAAAUUGGAGGUGUGAUGAUGUCAGUGACCAUGGAGCACUUCCUGCUGCUGUCCCCUCCUCUCCUGUCAUCUCUGUGCUGCCAUCACUCAGAGAGUGGGGCCUCAGGUUCUUGUAGUGUCUUCCCGUCCAGGCUCACUCUUCAGAGACAGACUGUUGGCUUGGCAUUAACCACAGUACAACUAUCUACAGUCUGGGUUAUGUCGAAGGCUUACCAGUUCCUCUCCUCAUGGAGCCUCAACAAGUUCCUGCUUAUUACACAGGGAGACCUCAAACAGGUGCUGAGAGAGUCAUUACAGAUGAUGGUGCAUCAAACUAAAUCUCUGAUGAUGAACUCACACAGUGACCAUCAUUCCACUCUUCAUAACCACAACCAGCUUCUGCUGAGGCAGCAACUGGAAGCACUUGACAAGGCUGUAUCUGAGCUGCAGACCUUCUCUUCUCUGAUGCUGAAGACCUUCUCCAGUGACUGCAAGAGGAUGUCAGGAGAGAUCUUUGAACAGACCAUGCCUUCUGCUGUACACUGGAGACCCAGCCUCAGGACAGGUAUUCCCAGCUCUCCCAGUGAGUAUGCAUCUCUGGCAGCUCAGACUGUGAUUGGUCAGGUUUUAGAGGGUGUGGCACCAUUGUCUGAUGAUGCCCGUGUCCAAGCACUGAGCAUAACAAUGACAGCUUUCAUGGAGGCAUGGAUGGAACACAUCCUGAAACAGAAGAUCAAAUUCAGUGUGCAGGGAGCUCUCCAGCUGAAGCAGGACUUUGAUUCUAUCAGAGAACUGAUCCAGUCAGACAAAUACAGGUUGUCAGCUGAACUCCAACACGGACUGCUCAGCCUCCGGGUUUUUCAGCAGGUGGACUCAGCAGUGGUGUGUCUGCUCCAGCAGCCGCAAGCCAAACCAUACCUACAUUCCAGAGCCUGGGAGCCUUUCACACGCUGCUGUCCAGCCAACAUGAGCAGAGAUAGCAUUGAUGCAGUGGUGGGGAGCAGUAUAACCAACAUGAGGUCUAUGGAGGGUGAGGAGCUGACUCAGACUGAUCCCUCAGUUGUGACCACUCACGUACCUCCAGUGGACCCGUCCACCCCUGGAGAGCCCUACCUCGCUCCAAG